GCCGGCGCACUUUCGUGACGCAGCCCCCUGGCGCCGGGGAAGAUGGCGGUCCUGGUGAAGGGCGUGGGAUGGGCCCCACGGCCGCUGCUGCCGGUGGUCCAGACCUGGGACCUCGACGCCCGGCGCUGGGUCCGGGCGCUGCGGCGGAGCCCCGUGAAAGUGUUGUUUCCGUCCGGACAGGUGUUGGACCGGAAGCCCGGUCCCGGGAAGCAGCCCCGGAAGGCGGCGGCCGAGGCCGGUCCCCACGUGCAGCGACCGAAGCAGCCGCCUCAGGAGCCCCCAGCCCAGACGCCCAGCACUUGGGAAGAGUCGGGGCUUCGCUACGACAAGGCCUUCCCCGGGGACAAAAGGCUGAGCAGCGUGAUGACAGUAGUUAAGUCCAGGCCAUUUCGGGAAAAGCAAGGGAAGAUCCUGCUGGAAGGUCGCAGGCUGAUUGCAGACGCCCUCAAGGCUGGUGCUGUGCCCAAAACGUUCUUCUUUAGCCGCCUGGAAUACCUAAAGGAGCUGCCCGUUGAUAAGCUGAAAGGUGUCAGCCUCAUUAAGGUGAAAUUUGAGGAUAUCAAGGAAUGGUCCGACCUAGUAACACCACAAGGAAUAAUGGGGAUUUUUGCCAAACCUGAUCAUGUUAAGAUGACAUUCCCAGAGACUCAGCUUCGCCAUUCACUGCCCUUAUUGUUGAUUUGUGACAAUCUCAGAGACCCUGGGAACCUGGGGACGAUUCUGAGAUCUGCUGCUGGGGCAGGUUGCAGCAAAGUACUGCUCACCAAAGGCUGCGUGGAUGCCUGGGAACCCAAAGUGCUGCGGGCAGGUAUGGGUGCGCAUUUCCAGGUGCCCAUCGUCAACAACCUGGACUGGGAGACGGUGCCCAAGUACUUGCCCAAUGAUACCCGGGUCCACGUGGCAGACAACUGUGGCUUUUACGCCCAGACCCAGAAAUCUAAUAAAGCCACUGACCAUGGCUGGGUCUGUGACCAACAACUCGCGAAGCUUCACAAGUAUGAGGAAGAGGAGGAUGAGGAUCUAGACACUGGAGCCAGUAAAGACUGGCUCCCUAAACUUGAGGUCCAGAGUUACGAUUCGGACUGGACAGAGGCACCAGCAGCUGUGGUCAUAGGGGGGGAGACCCAUGGCCUGAGCGUGGAGUCCCUGCGGUUGGCUGAGAGCACCGGGGGCAGGAGGCUGCUGAUCCCUGUAGUGCCUGGCGUGGACAGCCUGAACUCGGCCGUGGCCGCCAGCAUCCUGCUCUUUGAAGGGCGGAGACAGCUGCGGCUAAAGGCUGCGCCCGCGAGCAGGGGCGGGAGCUAGCUGCCCUGCGGGGACCUGGAGGUCCUCCUUGGUUUGGGUUGUCUCUGGCUCUCCCACAUUGUCAGGCUGGCAGAGGUGGUCAUUGCGGCUUCCCAGCAGGCAGGCAUAACACUGUUGGGUGGUUAUUAAAAAAUAGGAAUUUCCUUGAAUUUCUGCUUAUUAUUAAAAAUAACAAAGGUCAAAAUUCUUCCCGAGAUCUCCCAUUCCCCCCGCACCCUGACAUUUUAUAUACGUGUGAAGGCUGCAGGUGAUGGCAUUCAGUAGCCAGCUGUCCUUCCCACCUGGCUGCGUCAGUCUCUGCAAUUCAUUCAGGCCCUGACUUCAACAGCCACUGUGUAUGUAGAACACGAUUCCCCCAUUUCUGGUGAUACAGCUGGUAGAAGCAGCUUAGUUCAAGUGGUGUUACACCUCCUCAGCACCCCUGCACAUAAUCUUGUUGAGGACUCUGUUCAGAAAAGGAGGAAGCAGUUUUAAAAUCUUCAGCUUACUCUGCACCUGUCAGGAAAGCUGUACCCCUUUACUUGCUCCCUGCUGUUAGUCCUACUUUGUAACACUUUAAUCCCCUCUCCUGCAUAGAGGAACAGAACUGCUUAGGAAAGUGCCAGCAUUCCUGGUUGCUGUGCAAACCAGGGCUUUUGUGAGGGGAGAGAAGCCGAGGUUCUGAGGAUAACAGCCAGGGACCCUUGGGCCCCCAACAUGAGCAAGACCCUGCUCCUCUGUCAAACCCCCAGCAGACGAGGGUUAACGAGGUCCUCUCCGUGUGCCAGCUGGGGUGUAGCCAGGAAUAGGAGGGCAAAUGCAGGGAGUAUUUGCUGUGCUUUAAGUCACUGGAACGGAAGGGUGGGACCUAUUUGAGUUAGUGCUUGCAACCACAGAGAAUGUGGUUGGAGUUGACACCACCACAAGCAGUGGGUUCUAUUGCGUCCCCUUUUGCACAGUGGCUCCUGCAAUGGUUAGGAUUCCUUGGGAGCCCUUCAGCUGCUCAUUCCAGGGAGGCUGAGUUGCUGGCCUUCCCAAGAGACACCGAGAUCCGCCUUCCUUUCCCUUUGGCUUUCCCAGGUCCCUGGUUUAACUUCCUUUCAAGAGAACCAAAAGAUCAAGUAUGACUCAUGCCCUAAGUGCUAGAGGGAUUGCUUUGGCAUGUUUGAGGGGAGGGGUUUUUGCAGGAACAAUCUGGUUCUCUCUGAGGCUUAUCAGAACUUUUGCUCUGGUGCCACACUCUGGUCUGGCUGGGCCUGCCUAGGGCCCCCCACAAACGUCCAAUGCAGGUGGCCCACGGAUUGUUAAGACCGUCAACUUUUAGAAAGUGGAGGAGCCCACAAAGGCUGGGGCUUGGUCUGCCAGCUUCACAGCCACAAUGCCCAGCACUAAAUCUGGGGGGCAGCCCAGAAAACUGCCCCUCUAUUGACAUUUGGUCUCAACACCUUGAAAAAGUGCUAAAGAAAGUCACUAAAAGGAAGCUCAGGCCCAGUAUGAAACCAGUCUAUAAUUUCUGUCCCUGGGUUACGCUUCCUGCUGAUUUUUGUUACAAAAUAAAAAUCAAUGAAAGAAACGCUAUCCCUUGUCCUUGUUCAGAAAU